GAUUCUGCCUAUUUGCAAUCAGUAAGCUUCUGUCUGUUGGCGCGUUCGUAACGGUUUUGAGCAAACGAAAUAAAUUUGAGUCAUAGACAUUUUUACAAAAUGGCUUAUAAAUUGGCGGUUCUGACCGUGUGCUUGCUAUCGCUCUGGAUUAGCACAACGCAAGCGCAAGCGACACCAAAUAUUGAUGAUUUGUUAAAUAAAAUCUUUACAACAGAGCAAACACCCUUCCAGCCGCAGCCCACAAAAACCACCGUUCUCCAGCCUCAACCUCAACCAAGCCCAGCACCACAACCCGAUCCCGGCAGCGGAAAAUCUUGUGGCGUGAAUAAAGAGUGCGUUGCGCGUUUCUUAUGCGGUGAAGAUGGCAAUGUUAUCAGGGAUGGCCAAACCCUAAUUGAUAUACGUUUCGAUGGUGAUGAAGUCUGUACUUAUUUGGAAGUUUGCUGUAAUACAGACGAUAAGGUAACGGAACCGAUCGUACCCAUCAAACCCGUUGAGACACACGAAGGUUGUGGUUAUCGUAAUCCAAGCGGUGUCGGCUUUAGAAUUACUGGCGACAAAGAAGGCGAGUCACAGUUUGGUGAAUUCCCCUGGAUGGUUGCCAUUUUGCGUGACGAGGUAAUUGGUGGCGAGACCUUAAAUGUUUACGAAUGCGGUGGCGCCGUAAUUGCGCCAAAUGUCGUCUUGACCGCUACACAUUGUGUGCUAAAUGCUCAGCCAGGGUUAUUGGUAGCACGCGCCGGUGAGUGGGACACACAAACCAAACAGGAGGUGUUACCACAUCAGGAUGCGCGUGUCAAGGAGAUCAUUCGUCAUGAGAACUACAACAAAGGCGCACUCUACAAUGAUGUAGCGCUGCUCAUUUUAGCGACACCCUUCACUUGGGAGGAAAAUGUACGUCCCAUCUGCUUGCCGGAACCGGGCGUUAAUUUCGACCAUUCACGUUGCUAUGCCACCGGUUGGGGCAAAGACAAGUUCGGUAAAGAUGGCACAUACCAGCUGAUUUUGAAAAAGAUCGAUUUGCCUGCGGUGCCACACGAUACCUGUCAAGCAGAGCUACGUAAGACACGUCUGGGUAAAUUCUUCAAUUUGGAUAAAAGUUUCAUGUGCGCCGGUGGCGAACGUGGCAAGGAUACUUGCAAAGGCGAUGGUGGUUCACCGUUGGUAUGCCCAGAUCCAAAUAACCCCAAACGCUAUUAUCAAGCUGGUAUUGUGGCUUGGGGUGUUGGUUGUGGUGAAGAAAAUGUUCCUGGAGUCUACGCCAAUGUGCCAUACCUACGCAAUUGGAUCAACGAGAAGCUUGCCGCACGAGGCAUAGAUUUCAGAUAUUUUACAGCUUAAAGAUCUCAAAUAACUUAAAACAUGGCACUAAAUACUCUAUAAAAUUAAAACUGUAACAUUCGGAUGGAAUUGUAUGAUUAUAAUUGAUAUUUGAGAUUAAAAAGUACACAAAACAAUUAGAGACAAAAAUCUAUUCCUUUAA